AUGCAGACCUACCUGCAAUCUAUCACUGUGAGGCUUGAGGAGUGGAGGCUAAAGCGACGUGAUACUGAGGAGUGGAUGACGCAUCGCCAACUCCCUCGAGAUUUGCAAGAACGUGUUCGGAGGUUUGUACAAUACAAGUGGCUUGCAACACGAGGAGUUGACGAAGAUUCUAUACUGCAUGCCUUGCCUACAGAUCUUCGUAGAGAUAUCCAACGCCACUUAUGUUUGGACCUUGUUCGACGUGUAAGAUAUUUUUUGCUUUCAUCCUCAUCUAAUGCUAUAUAUGUGCUACACCAAGGUCCAUUUCCAAUGUGCAAGUAUAGUGUACCUGCACUUGUUUUCACAAUUCAAGGAACACAUAAGGAAGAGAAUUUCUAG